UUUUUUUUUGGGUAUAUAUAUAGGAGCCUUUGUUGGAGCUUGUAAUUUUGUUUGGUUUCUUCCAAGACUCAUAUCCCUCAUCUCCUCUCUUUCAUUCUCUCUCUCUCUCUCUCUCCCUCUCCCUCCCUUUCUCUCUCUUAAUCAUUUUAACAUUCCAAGUUUGAUUGAGAUUGUGGUUAAUUUGUGUACAUUAUGGCACAAUUACCUCCAAAAAUCCCAAGCAUGACACCCAGUUGGCCUGACUUUUCUCACCAAAAGAUGCCUCCCAUGGGCCAUUUUGCACCCAAUGGAAAUGCCCCAGCGGUCAACGCCGCCACCGCAUCUCAAAACACUUGUUGGGUUGAUGAAUUCAUUGACUUCUCUUCGGCGAGACGGGGGUCCCACCGGAGAUCGGUCAGAGACUCCAUUACCUUCCUCGAGGCACCAAUGCAGGACGAAUGCCGUGCACCGCAUGGUUCACACCCCAACAACCACGAGUUUGAUAGGUUUGACGACGAACAAUUCAUGUCCAUGUUCACAACCGAUGAAAUCUCUGCUGCCGCCGCCGCCGGCCGCACGGGCUCGUCCUCGAACCCGUCCUCGCCUUCGGACCAUAACAGCAUUAAUGAGGACGAGAAAGAAGCGGAGGCGCCUCAUCACAAGCAGCUGAAGAACGAAUCUGAAGAGGUGGAAAGCCAAUGCGAACAACCAAAUCCAAAUGAUACAACAAAGAGCACGUCCAAUGACAGGAAAAUUGAUCCAAAAAGGGUCAAGAGAAUCUUGGCAAACAGACAAUCUGCACAAAGAUCACGGGUGAGGAAACUGCAAUACAUAUCAGAACUCGAACGCAGCGUUACCUCUCUACAAGCUGAAGUUUCAGUUUUGUCACCGCGGGUUGCGUUUCUUGACCAUCAACGCUUGCUGCUAAAUGUCGACAACAGUGCUCUCAAACAAAGAAUUGCAGCAUUGGCGCAGGAUAAGAUUUUCAAAGAUGCUCAUCAAGAAGCAUUGAAGAGGGAAAUAGAGAGGCUAAGGCAAGUGUAUCACCAACAAAACCUCAAGAAGAUGGAGAACGUUGCUCAAUCACCAACAACACCCUCAGACACCAUAACAACUCCUGCAAAAGAACAGCUCCUCAAUGUUUCCUCCUAAUCAUCAUUUAAGUUCCUCUAGUAUGGUUAAUUAAGGGUCUAAUGAAAUCUCAUCAUGUGGCCUCCAAACAAAUUAUUACCCUAAAUUCAUGUCUAUGGGGUCUAUUGAAAAUCAUAUCAGCAUUUUGGAUGAUUGAUUUCAAAGCUACAUGGGUCUUUUGAGGAAAUUGAAGACGGAUCGAUUAUAAGAAAAAUAGACGCAUAGUUGUAUACAACUGAUCAUACUCACCGUGUGAGUAAGUUGGGUGAUUUUUUUAAGACAUGAUGAACACGGAAAGAAGUCACAUUAUUCUGGGUGACUUGGCUGCUGCUGCUGCUGCUGACCUGUGCAGUCACGUGUUGUGUUUAGCUGUAAAGAAGGGGACCACUCAGAUAAUGAAUGAUUGGGUUGCAGGAAGGAACAUGUGCGUCUGUGGUUUUUAGAAAGAAAAGAAGGAUUAGGAUUGUACCGCUUUAGCUGAUUUUGGGUGUGUAUGUGAUGAUUCGUUAAUAUUCUAUUGCGACUAUUUUUUUAAUUUAACUUUUAUUUUUAUUUUUGGAUUUUGGAUUUUCAACUUAGUGCUAAUUGGUAUAAGGCAAAGUAUAGUGGGGUUGUGUUGGGAUGAACGAAAGUAAGGGUAGUAGCUGCAGGGAGAUGCUCGGCACUUUGAGACGUCAGAUUUGUUGUACAUUUUUAGUGUAUUAUUGGUUGUAAUAACUUCAUUGGCCGAAAUCAUUUAUCAAAACGAGGUUUAAAUUAUAAAGAGAA